CAAAUGUUCAGGAGUGUUUUGUUGGUUCUCGCGGAGCUUGUCGGGGUGUGUUGUCCAGGCCAUCGUGGCGAUGUCAGGGGAUGUCCUGAAUCUGUAUCGACGAGCCGUGUAACCGUCUGGGGAGAGACGGGGUCAGGGCCGCUCUCAUGGGCCCGACCCGGAGCUUGCCUUGCAGUGAGGCCGUUCAGAGGUGGACAAUCCACAGCAGAUCCGUGCCCGAACACAGACAGGUCCUUUAUCCACAGAUUGCCGUCAUGGUUUCUCUCCUGCUGUAGCCACUUUCGCUUCAAGCCCCCAGGGCUGGCGCGGGCGGGCGAAAGUGGACUCGGCACAUCGCACACCAGCGGCUACGAAACGGUCCUGCGCGUCCCCGGCCAGGGCGCGCCCUGGUCGCCAUGGGGCAGAGCUUGUCCGAGCAGUGGCAGCGUGUCACCGGUGACCCACAGUACCUCUGCGGCGCGCAGCCAAACGCCGUCGGCCUCGCCGUCUCGGGGGUCUGGACCCGCCUCUUCGGCAAGCGUGAGGUGUGCAUCAUUAUGGUUGGUCUCGACGGAGCUGGCAAGACUACUGUGCUGUACCGGAUGAAGCUCGGCACGAUAGUGACCACAGUCCCCACGGUGGGUUUCAACGUGGAGAGGCUUGAGUACCAAAACCUUGUAUUCACAAUUUGGGACCUCGGAGGCCAGACGAGGACACGCAAGCUUUGGGAGCAUUACUAUCAGAACACGGACGCUCUCAUCUUCGUGGUGGACAGCUCCGACCGAGAACGCAUAGAGGAAGCCCACGAAGAGCUUCUGAAGAUGCUUCAUAGAGAGGAGAUGAGGGACGCGGUGUUGCUGGUCCUGGCCAACAAGCAGGAUUUGCUUGACGCCAUGACGACGCAAGAGCUCACCACCAAGCUUGGGCUAAAUGGCCUCGGCAGGAGCCGAAAGUGGUUGGUACAGGAGACAACUGCGACGGUCGGGGACGGGCUGUAUGAAGGUCUCGACUGGCUUGCUCUUACUGUCGCCACCAACCACACGGGCCAGCGGCGGUAGGCCUUCUGCAUCACGGAUUGUUGUUGUCUCACACGAUUGUGUCUUUUCUUAUUCCGAGUUCUCUUGCUUGUCUUUGUGUCCUAGCUUGUCGCUGCAGCGCCCGCGCCAAGUGUGCAAUGAGAAGGCAGGCCUGAAGGGAUGAUUGCGUUUUUUUCCCGCGAGCCAGCAGCGUUCAGGAUUGCGGGCGGUAGUCUUACCUGAUGUGUUCUUUCUUUGAUCGGCGGGAGCAGUGACAGCAGGGCCAAAGCAUCUGAUAGUGCACGAUCUGAUUGCCCAAUGUGCAACUAAUCAAGUCUCCAGGCGACGAGCACCACUCGUUGUUAUCCUACUCCCCUUUCCUCCCAUGAAGAUGGCCCGGGUUGCGAUCAUCGACCAGAAAGCAUCUUGGGUAAAUGUUCACCACGGAUAGCAGCAGUUCAGAGCACAUGUAUCACAGCCAUCAUUGUUGGAAAUCAUCGGCGCCACACCAGCUCCUACAUGCAGACCCAUUAAUGCUGAUUGCAUUGUCCAGAUCGAAAUGCUUCGGGCAGUUGAAGAUCGAAUAUGUGCCUUGACAAUGGGGUCUCUGACCGGAGGAUAAUCACGACCAGCAGUUCUGUGAUCCCAAACGUUUGCCGUGCGAGGCUUGCCACCCACAGUUUGCAACCCUCUGCGCGAUGACUUCCAAAAGACUCC